GAGGGGCUGCAUAAUUGGAGACGCCUUUGACGCCACAUGAUUAUAUUUGGCUGCACCGCGCGAAACUGUGAAUAUGGAGAGAAAAGAGCCGAGAGCGCAGCCACUUUCUUCUCCUCCUCCUCUCUCCCUCUCUCUCUAAUGCCAGCAGUGGCUACUCCAGGCUGGGAGCAACAUCUCAUGCGUCCGGACAGAAGCCCCUCCCCGCAUAUCACCGCGCCAGGCGAUGGUCCUUUUAAUUUCAUUGUUGGAGAAGAAGCGACGCCCCGCUUCGCCACGGCAAAGGAUCAAACGCCCCCUCUGAUCAGCACGACCCCCAGUUCUGUUCUCAUGGAAAUCAGAGCCUGCCUCCCGGCCACACUUUUCUGCAGAGAUGCAAAGUUGAAGCGCAUUCCCAGCCGGGACAACAGACCUUAAAGAUGUCUUGGAGGAGCUGAUCGUUUCGUUUUAUCCAUUUUUCUCGUGUGCGCUUCUCUUUCGGAUAUUUUUUGCUCGCCGCUCUCGGACACCGCACACUCUUUUUUUUUUUUUACCCCCUCUCCCAACAUGCUGGGUUUGGCGCAGCGCGUGGUUUUCUGCGCGCUGCUCGGCUCCGUUUACGCGUCGUGCCCUCCGCGCUGCGAGUGCUCCGAGGCGGCUCACACCGUCAAGUGCGUCUCCAGAGACCUGCGGAGCGUCCCGACCGGGAUCCCCGGAUACACCCGGAAUCUGUUCAUUACGGGUAAUCAGAUCCGUCGAAUCGGUCCGGAGUGUUUUAAAGGGCUCGAUAAUGUGACGAACCUGUCUCUGAGCAACAACAGAAUUUCCGAGGUGGAGUCCCACACCUUCGCCGGACUCCGCAGCCUCCGCUCCCUGGAUUUGAGCAACAACCAGCUGGCAGUGGUUCACCCCGAAGCCUUCACCGUGCAGAACCAGUCUCUGCGGGACCUCAACCUGAGCCGAGCCCUCUACAACCACUCGUCUGUGAUGGACCUGGCCACGUCUCUGCGCUGGAGCUCCCUGGGGAUGCUGAAGGGACUGGACCUCUCCCACAACGGCCUCAUCUAUUUACCCUCGCACAUCUUCUCCCACCUGGGCAGCCUGCAGCGGCUCCAGCUUUCCAACAACUCCCUAGUGGCCAUCCACAACUCCACCUUCUCGGGUUUGGAUGGUCUGCAGGAGCUGGACCUGACCCUCAACGCCCUGAAGACGGUGCCCGAGGAGGGCCUGCGAGAGCUGGACUCCCUGCCCAGAGCCGAUCUCCUGCUGGGGGAAAACCCCUUCACGUGCACGUGUGGAAUCGAACCUUUUGCUCUGUGGCUCAACAGAUCACAGGGACGCAUUAAUGACGCCAAGGGCCUGGUGUGCGCCUUCCCAGCCAGCAUGAGAAACACAUCCAUGCUGGCUGUGGGCACGCUGACACUGGGGUGCCAACGGAGCGGCGCGGGGGCGGACCUUGCUCUGCAGACCUCUUACGUCUUCUUGGGUAUAGUCCUGGGCUUCGUUGGCCUAAUCUUCCUCUUUGUACUUUAUCUCAACCGCAAGGGCAUCAAGAAGCGCAUCAAUGACUUGCGCGACGCCUGCCGGGAGGUGUGGGAGGGCUACCACUACCGCUUCGAGAUCGACUCUGACCCCAGGUUAUCACAGGUCUGCACGAGCGCCGACGCGUGAAA